CGAGUCAGGCCGGAGCAGCUGCCGUCGCCAUGACCCGCGGUAACCAGCGUGAGCUUGCCCGCCAGAAGAACAUGAAAAAGCAAAGCGAUUCAGGCAAGGGAAAACGCCGGGAUGACUGGCUCUCUGCAGCUGCCCGAAAGCAGAGGGACUCGGAGAUCAUGCAACAGAAGCAGAAAAAAGCCAAUGAGAAGAAGGAAGAGCCCAAGUAACUCUGUGGCUCAUGCCCAUCUCUCUUGCCCGUCGACCGUGUGCCUGGAGCCAGUCCCGUCACGCUCUCGCCUCCUCCUGUAGCACUCACAGGUCCCA